AUGGCUGCCGCCGCCGAUACUGCCGCUGCCGAGAACGCCUCCGUGGAGAACCGCUGGUGUCAACUGCGAGACACGGUCCAGUCGACGGCGCUAGCCGUCCUCGGUCGCGAACGCCGCCAACAUAAGGACUGGUUCGACGACAACGACGCCGCCAUCAGAAAUCUGCUCGCCGAGAAGAACCGCCUACACAAAGCCUACGUAGACCACCCCACUGACGCCAACAGAGCUGCCUUUUACUGCAGUCGCCGUCACCUUCAGCAACGACUGCGCGAGAUGCAGGCCGCCUGGACUGCUUGCAAAGCUGAGGAGAUCCAAGGGUACGCGGAUCGCAACGAGUGGAAGAACUUCUUUUCCGCGAUCAAAGCUGUCUACGGUCCGCCGACGAAGGACACUGCUCCUCUCCUCAGCGCCGACGGUAGCACUCUCCUGACUGAGAAGACACAAAUUCUACAGAGAUGGGCCGGGCAUUUCCGAGGCGUCCUCAACCGCCUCUCCGCCAUCUCCGACGCCGCCAUCGCCCGUCUGUCGCAAGUGGACACCAACGUGGACCUCGACCUCCCGCCAUCUCUCCAGGAAACCAUCAGGGCCGUGCAACAGCUCUCCAGCGGGAAAGCACCCGGAUCGGACGCGAUCCCUGCCGAGGUGUACAAGCACGGCGGUCCCCAACUAAUGGAUCACCUGACUGCGCUCUUCCAGGAGAUGUGGCGUCAAGGCGAAGUCCCGCAAGAUUUCAAGGACGCAACCAUCGUGCACCUAUACAAACGUAAAGGAAACCGCCAAGUCUUCGACAAUCACCGCGGCAUCUCCUACUUAACAUCGGCGGGAAGAUCUUCGCUCGCAUCCUGCUCAACCGCCUCAAUAACCAUCUGGAACAGGGCCUUUAGCCGGAAAGCCAAUGCGGCUUCCGUCGUCAUCGUGGGACCACGGAUAUGA